AGUCGAACAUCGGCCAACACACUCUCUCAUAGACCUGGGCAGCGACAAAGAGUUUUGUAGCCUUGGACGGUCAGUUCAUGCUUCACGCAGCUCUCAACGAGAGCCAUCCUCUCAGCUCUAGUCACAACGACGUAAUACAUGUUGUCCUCACUGCUCUCGGUCCCUCCGCCUCUAUCAGACUCUGGUAGUAUAUCAGAUUCUGGUUCCACCUCUGGUCACGAUGUAUCGCCAUCCUUUCCUCGCUUUCCCCACACUCGUGCACAGUUGUCGGCGCUAGCACGCCAAUACAAGCCCGCGGACAGCUAUGACAGUGACGCUGAGGGCGACGAUCUGAAUCGUGUCAGUCCGACCUUAGUUUCCAGGGUCGUUAGUCUUCUUGAUCAUGAACAUGAGGAUGAGCUCAAAGGGCUGCUCAAGGAUACCUACAGCGGUUUAGAUGAUGAGGCUCUCGAACAGAAUGUCUUAGAUCUCAUGCAUAAACACAGGGACGACGUCGCUGGCGUGCCCUUUCUCUACCUCACCCCCAGCCGCCGUCCCAUCUCGCGCCCCUCUUCGCGCGCGUCCUCUCAUUCCACCCGAUUGAUUCCAAACCGCCCAGAUACUCCCAACUCAGCUCCCAGUUCUCCUCUUGCUUAUGUAUUUCGUAGACCACACACACCUAUCACUUCGCCUCUCGUUACGGGGCACGGGCAAUCGUCAUACAUGACCGCCCAUAGUGCCCACACUGACUCUCCUACGGCCUCUCCGACGCUCUCAUACGCCAUGCCUCAAGCAUACGUACAAUUCGCAAGUAGUCUGCCAUCAUCACCACUUUCAUCACCUCGACUGCUUAACGCCAAAGCCUCCGAGUUUAGACCCCAUCCUCGACCUCUGUCUGCGGCUUCGUCCAACCCAAGCACUCUAUCCGGACUGAGGGCUGAGACUCCCUCUCCUGACCUUUGGGCUCAUAACCCAUCUAGAGCGACGUCGAAUCUUGCCAUCGCUGCGCCGCUUGUCCCUGAUAGUACACUUCUCUCACGCUCAGGAACACCCACCUCUUCCCUUCGCGAGACUAUUCACCCCAGUGACAACGAUGACGACGACGACCCCUUCGACCCUUUCGCAACCAAGUCCGGGCUUAGGUCAUUCCAUCCCGUGUCUAAUGCCGACUUUGACCCGCAGUGGAGCAACUCACCGAGCUCAAACUCCUCUUGGUCCAUGGACAGAUUUCAUGCGCCCGAGCAGCUAUCCCCCCCAUCGUAUGGAUCUCAGCCUUCACAAGACAGCAAUCUAGGAGCAGACGGUGACGCAGCAGAUCUACUGACGGAUGGGAUGACGCCGUUCGAUGUACUGUCGUCGGUCUUUGGAGCCUCCCUCGCUCCCUCGGAGCUCGAGGACGCUCUUGCCAACAAUGGCUAUGACUUCGAAAGGGCUAUGGCAUGGCUUGUCGAUCGCACAGCAUCACCACAACAUCAUAGCUUGCCUAAAUAUCAAAACAUGGGUGGUCGAGUGUCGCUGGUAUCUCGUGAUGGAGCGGGUGCUGCAGGAUUCGUUCGUGGAGGAAGGGCCGGAAACCAAAUGAACGUGGGUAGUGCGAGGAACUCGCUUAGGUAUGUAAAUGGUAGGCCAAUCCCAACAGGCAACAGAGUUUGCAGAUAUUUCCUGGCGGGUGAAUGUUUAAGGGCUGACUGUCGUUUUAGUCACGACCUUGAACGCGCUCUCUGCCGCUUCUGGCUGCGCGGAACGUGUGCCAAGCAGGAGAGUUGUGAAUUUUUACACCACCUGCCAAAGGAUGUCGAUGUAUCUGGGUUGACCGCCUCGAUGGCGCGAGUCGAUAUGAACAACGAUGAAAAUAUCAGGAACGACAGUCCUCCCCCCGAUGAAUUUCCCGUCCUUGGUUUUGCCCAUCCUGAGGACGACAAAGCGCGGCGUGGAGGUUUCUACGGGCGCAGCGAUAGAAGUCAUCACGACCCUGGGCGGACUCGGUUUGCAACGGCUGUCAAGAAAGCCGCACCGACUUCACCAGCCAUGGCAUAUCAACCUAGAGAUCAAGCCACGCUCGCUGCACGGCGAGAGGCUAUGGGGAGCGCUGCGGAAUCACUGCAUCAUCGCACAGCUAUUGUCGCUCCAAAGCCUUCACCACGUCUGAAGCUGCGGCCGCCGACUCUCCUACCCACGCUACCGACCGGCGAGUCGGUCAAUCGUCUAUACAUGGCUUAUCGUGCGCGGGCGCUGCAACUGGGCGCAGCGCGCAAUGCCUGCUUAUCGCGCGCUGCUGAUGCAUGGAGGCGUGGUGAUGGCGCUGCAGCUAAGCGCUUCAGUCGGGAAGGCCAUGAUUUAAAUAACAAAAUGGCCACGGAGAUGACUGAGGCGGGGCGCACUUUAGUUCGGGAGCGUGCCGAGCUGGCCGAGCAAGCUGUUAGGGAAAGAGAUACAGGGUGGUCGGAUGAUCCUAGGGACAGGACAAGCCGGGGACAGACUUGUGGAGGAGGAUUCGGUGUAAUCUUAGGUGUCGCACGAACGGAUCUCGCCGGUGAUAAGGGCAAGCUGAGCCCUGAGGAGAGGACGGAGUGUGUAUUAGAUUUGCAUGGGUUGCAUUCAAACGAGGCGACCGAGGUAUUGGAGGACUUUUUAUUGGCUCUGGAACGAGAGCAUUUCUAUGGAUUAGGGGAAGAGAAACACACAGGCACGCAGGAUGCUGCACGUGGAGCGUCACGCGAACGUUUGGCCGCUGGAGUCCGCGAAUGGCUUCAUCGGUGGGGGUAUCCUUGGAGUGAGCGUGACGGCGCCAUCUGCGUGGAUGCCCUGACACACGUAUGA